AUUACAGACAACUUUUGGAGACAGUCCCAGGAAUAACAUGUUGUCAUAAUGAGCCAAAAUUGUCUCUUUGGAUGGGCCAGCUGCACAUUCCUCAAUGUCAAGUGGCAGGAGCCCUUUCUAUCGAUCAGUCUCCCAGGCUGACCGACAGAAGCAGCCUAAAAGAGUGUUUCAGGCUGGAAAUCACAGAUCUCUCAACCAACCCUGCAUAGAUCAGAGAACUGGCAGGAAUAAGCACAACUGGGGAAGGAUUAGCACCAGCUAUGUGUUGUUCAUGUACUUCACAAGUAUAUCUACUGCCCAGACUACUGACUGCCUGCAACUGAGGGAGCAAUGUAUAAAUGCUGCAAAUGGAUGUGAGAGCAUCUGGAAUGUUGUUGAAGAUGUCUGUAAUAUUUCAGUUCUAGGUAAUAAAUGCAAGGCAGAAGAUGCUAUUGGAUGCAAUAGAAUCAUCCAGGUCCUGGCUGAUGAAUACCCAGAAUUUAAAAACUGUGUCUGCACUACAGAUGAUUUCUGUAACAUCACGACUUUGCUUGGGAAACAGUGCAGUAUUAAUAAAGAAUAUUUGGAAACUCCCUCAAGAUCAGAUACUGAAGUGAGUUUUAGUCACCACAGAAACCCCCAAGGCCAAAGACACCCAGAAGAAUUAGAGAACGACUGCAGUAUUGCAAAACAACGCUGUCGAGAAGACCCUUACUGCUUUUUAGUGUAUAAGAGUUUCCAGCGAGCCUGCCAGGCAGACGCAGCAAAAUGCCGGCUCCCAGUGGCCAACCAGGAGUGUUUGUCAGCAUGGAGAGAACUGAAGAAAACAGUGCUGGGAGAGUGCAAGUGCUCAGAUCCACUUCAGAUGAGAUGCAUUAAAAUAUGGAAGGGAAUAUUUAACAACCCUUGUUUACAAUACUCUCAAGAGAACCAAGCUUCAGCAGCUAGUGAAAAUGAUGAUGAUGAUGAUGAUAAUGAUGAUGAUUAUGUCGAUGAUGAGAAAAAUCAGGACACCGACACAGACCAUAUUAGUAUGGAAACAAAAUUACAAUGGAGUUUAUCUGCUCUCUCCAAACAAGCAUACACAGCAAACAGGACCUGUUUGGAGAUGAACAAGGAGUGUGUUGAAGAUGAAGUAUGUAACAAACAGUUGUCCCUGUACCUUAAGGUUUGCUCAGUAAAUAAGAAGUGCAACAUGGAAGAAUGUCAAGCAGCCAUAAGGUUCUUCUAUCAAAACAUGCCUUUUGAAGUUGCCCAAAUGAUGACAUUUUGUGAUUGUAUCCAGCCUGAUGAAUCCUGCCACAGAGCCAAAGAACUUCUCCAUGGCAAGCCCUGUGCAGUUACUGCUGUUCCACCUCCAUCAUGUCUGAAUGUAAUCCACACGUGUGAAGAGAAUGAAUUGUGCAGGAAAAAAUACACAAUUUUUUGGUCAAAGUGUUGGAGACAUGUGACAAAAAAAUGCUACGAUGAGGAAGCUUGUCUUGAAACUUUAAUCAAGGGUGACAUGCUCUGUUCUGCAACUGCUGAUUGCAAAGCAGCCUACAUUAGCAACUGGGGCACGAUGCUGCGUGUGGAGUGUACCUGCCAGAAUUUACCUCCUGCGGAGCAGUCUUUGUGCAAGCUUUUCCAUCACAUGCUUCACAGCAAAUCCUGCUUCAGUGAGUUACGUCAAAUUUCCAUUAAGAAGAAAGGUUUUCAUUGGGUAAAUACAGGAAUACCAGGAGAAAAGCUUUCCAGAGCACAGCUCCAUUCUUCUUCAUUUAAUGGUGAAACAGUCUACAUUAUUGCCUAUUCCUCCUGCAUUGUUCUCAUCCUAGGAAUAGUCCUGUUGACUCUCCUAAAGAUCAGAGCCUGCAGAACAAAACAUCAGUCAAGAAGUCCCUCGCCAGACCAUUCUUCUGAAACAUUUAUGGUCCAUUAUAAAAGUCACAGAUGAACUACUCUGCUGCUUAUGCUUUUUAAGGCUAUUCUUGAAAGCCAGCCUGUUGUACAUAUGCGAUAAUAAAAUAUAUAUUAGAAAACCUACUAUAAAUUAUGGAAUUUUGUAGUUGAGCACACAAAAGAUUUUUAUAUUUAUUAACACAUAUUAAACCUUUCACAAGCUAAAAAAAAAAAUAGAACUGUACUCGCUCUCAUUUGUGUAGAGUCACAGAUCUGUCCUGAGCUGCACAUUUCCUACACCUUUAGAUGCAAAUGACAAUGGUAUAAAUGCUGUAUCAGCAUGAAUCUGCCUAGCAGCGGCAAUCUUUAAAACCCACCCUUCUGAUCUGAACUCAUCUGGUGGAAAGGAAAAAAAAUCCACUCAGAAACAUGUUAGAGAGCUCUUAAAAAGUACAUCUGUGGCAGUUUUGUACACUAGGUUCCCAGGUACCAAGUAGCUGGUGCGGUACUUGUAAGGCAGCAGUCACAGGUAGGCUGCCUGUAGUUUGAUGGUGGAGUACUUGUGAGGUAGGAAGAGAUCAGGAUUACAAGCCCUUUCGGAACGAAGAGGAAUUAAACUCUGACUACCUGGGCUAAUGCUUUUACCCCACUAUGUUGUCACUGAAACUGUUUUUCUUUCUCCUCCAAUACACUUCAAAGAGAAAUGAGUGAGCCCUGACAAUUUGAAUACAGUAAUUUCAGAAAGCAUUUUGUGGUCUGAAUGCCCAGUGGAGACUUGCUUGGGGCUAAAGUGCCUACUUCUCCAGAGAGAGUUACAACCCUUCUCAUUAUCUGUUUCCUAUUCAUUGUCUCUAGGCAAUACCCAAAGUGCCUAAUUCCCCCCGUGCACUGUACUGGGAGUCAUGGUCCCUAACACACCACUCUGGAUCCCACUUUCUGGCUAUGAGUUCUGGAUUUCUCCCUGUAACUGAGUUGUUUUGCUAGAUUUAAGCUUCUAUUUACUAGCAAUUAGUUGUCUUUGUUAUAUCUUUGUAACGAUCUGGUUCUGGUCAGCUCAGGGUAAUGGACCGGCAUUUCUUAUACAACUGUAACCAUGAGUACCAUAUGUAUUGUCUUGUUAUGAUAGCAUCUGAUGACUUAAUUUUAUUUGGAAUUUGAUUAAUUUGUAUUUUGUCUGAAUUCCCACUAAAUGUAACUCACACAACAAACAGUAUCAGGUAUGAAAUACUGGUUCCACUGAAUUCAGCUCGUUUUGACCAUGACUGAUUCAGAUCUAGGGCUAGAAAUUUAUGAUGUGAUCAGAAGAACAGGAAUCUCUACUCUUCAGUGUGACUUUUGCUUCUGGCUUUGGUAGCUUGUGAAAUGAUUUAGAGUGAGAGCAAAAUCUUAAGUGUGCAGUUAUACUGGGGAGAGUUUUAGAAAUUUUUAACAAUAAUUACAACAUCAAUUUUCUUUUUAUUUAGGAUCUCCAUAAAACCAAAAAUUCCUUCUUGUUUUGCAAUCAAAUGCUAUCUCAUUACUAAAUUAGCCUUUAGACAAAAAUACAACAGAAAAGUGCAAAGUUGGUCAGUUUGUUAAUCAAAACAAUCUCCUUUACCAGUCCAGCAAUUUGCAGCAUUUAGUUUACCUCCCACCAAGUAGGUACUUUGAAAGUAGUAUAUUAAUAUUCUUCAUCUUAAAACUGUGAAGAGGAAAAAGUUCAAACUGAAAAUACUGUUGAGAAUAUGUUCUCAUCAGUGCUGGAUAAAAACAUUUCUUUAUAUAGGAAAUAUACAUAUGAACUGAACGCUGUGUUGGUUUUCAGUCUGACUUAAAAAAAAAUGAUGCAAUGCUGAACCCUCUGUGUCACAAAAUUUGAAGAGAUCCAUUUACAUUCAGAUUCAACUAAACCUCAAUCAUAAAAACAUCUCCUGUAACUUUCUGUCUUAUAAACGUUUUGUUUUCUAACUAUCAUUUAGAUACUAAGAACUCUACUCAUGUAUGUGCUUAGACACACACACACAAGUAUGUAAAAUGUAUUUGAAACUGAGGGUAAGUACGUGAGUUACUCUGAAAGACAGCAAGAUAUUUAGUGGCUAUUGUGUUGCUUCUGUAAUUUUACAGGCUCUCUUCAUUAGAGCUGACUUUAGUGCUUGAUGGAAAAGUACAUCUCCUCCAUUAUAUAUGUAAAAUGUAGUCUUUUGAUUUCUAUUUCCUAGUGACACUGUAUUCUGUCAAUUGUAUCUAGGAGUUAAUUAUUAAAUAAAUUAAUUUCUGCUGGGA